GACACCACCCCGGAAGUGAUACUAUCUCAUACCUGGGGUGAGGGAGGGGUUACCUUCAGAGGCUUUGAUGACGGCACAACAAAGAAUCGUGAGGAUUACAAGAAGAUUGAUGUUUACAGGAACCAAACCGCCCAGAAUGGGUUCCGUUUCUUUUGGGUGGAUCUUCCUGCAUCGACAGGUCCAACAAAUUCGAAGCUUUUGGGGGCCAUCAACUCAAUGUUUCGCUGGUACCAGAAUGCUGCCGAAUGCUGCGUCUACCUGGAGGACGUGUCG